UCAAUGUCCUAGCUUAUGGAGCCGUAGGGGAUGGCAUUGCGGAUGACACAUCAGCAUUCAAGAUGGCUUGGGACGAUGCGUGCCGAAGCAACUUAUCAUCACCCGUCGUGCUAGCUCCGGUUGACCUCCUUUUCUUGAUCCAACCAACCAUCUUCAGCGGCCCUUGUAAAAACCCUCUCACCCUUCAGAUUGAGGGCACCAUAAUGGCACCAGAUGGACCGGAUUCAUGGCCCAAGAAUGUGACAAAGAAACAGUGGCUAGUUUUCUACAGAGUGAAUGGAAUGUCUAUGCGAGGUGGUGGAGUGGUUGACGGCCGAGGUGAGAAAUGGUGGAACCUUCCCUGCAAACCCCACAAGGGAGUAGAUGGGACAACUCCACCAGGUCCUUGUGACAGCCCAGUGCGAGCAGGCUUUAAGGUUCUUCACAAGCUCAAAAUUGAGGGUGGGGGAGCUCACGAUCAAGAACAGCCCAAUGUUCCAUUUCCGGUUUGACCACUGCAAUGAGGUCCACAUUGAUUCACUCCACAUCAUAGCACCCCCACACAGCCCCAACACUGAUGGAAUCCACAUUGAGAACACUUAUGAUGUCACUAUACAAAACUCCAUAGUCUCCAAUGGUGAUGACUGUAUAUCCAUUGGAGCAGGCUCUUACAAUGUAGAUAUAACCAACAUGACUUGUGGCCCUGGUCAUGGGAUUAGUAUUGGCAGCCUGGGCAUGAAAAACAGUAGGGCAUGUGUAUCAAACAUAAAGGUGAGGGAUUCAAGCAUCCAGGAUUCUGACAACGGAGUCCGGAUCAAGACGUGGCAGGGUGGGUCCGGAUCCGUUUCCAACGUUGCCUUUGACAACAUAAGAAUGGACAACGUCCGGAACCCCAUCAUAAUAGACCAGUAUUACUGCAACCAUGCCGCUGGCGUCUCCUGCACAAACCA